GGGGUAACGACGGAGUCAUUUAGUACUUCAAAGCGGCAGUUUUCCAAUAUUCAUUUGCAUUUUUCAAGCGGUGUGCAACGAUUUCCAGAAAAUGUUUGCUACGGAUUGUCUUCUAGAGCCUAGUAGAGUAUAUUUCAAUGAUUCGCUUGCGUGGCCAUGUUAUCUUUACUCGAGCCUGUUAACAGUUAUCUUGUGAGGCCACGAUAUCUUUAUUCCAUUUAAUCGGGGGGUCCAAUCUGUCACGAAAUAGGCUGUCGGACCCAACAAUCUUGUAUUUCUGUGCUGGUGUCUUGUGUCUAGUUUAGUGUAUGUUUUGUGAUUCGUCCGUUUGAAUUUCUUUAACGGCUCUGUGUCUGACGCUGAAAUUGCGAAUUUAAAGAUUGAACUGUUCUUAUAUUUACGUAUUUUGAAAAAGAAAACUCACAAAUUCAUUAAACAGAUUUAUUGAAAAGGAUACAAUGAAUGCAUGGUGAUUCCAAAAGACAAGGUGGCUGUAACAUAGUCUGUCAAGAUGAAGAAAAGCACAAAAACGGUGCGCGAUGUCCCAAAGCAAAAGGCACCUAGGAGGUUGCCUCUGACGAAAAACCGUAUUAACGCAAUAAGCGAAGUGAUUGCUAAACCAAGUUCUGAAUCUAUAAUAUCUUCGGCACAUGCGAAUAUUCGUGUAGUUGUAAGAAUUCGACCUCGGAACAGCAGAGAACAUGGUGACAACAGCAGAGUUGUUGUCGAGGCUAUUGACCACCAAAUGCUGGUAUUUGAUCGAGAAGAAAAAGCUCAAGCAUUCUUUUUCCGUGGAGUUCAGCAAAAAGGUCGCGACUUGCUCAAAAAGUCUCAUAAGAACAUGCAUUUUAUAUUUGACAGGAUAUUUCCUCCACAAUCAACAACAGCAGAAGUAUUCCAAGAAACCACUCUGUCACUAAUUGAUUCACUCAUGGAUGGUCAUAACUGUUCUGUCUUUGCUUAUGGAGCAACUGGUGCAGGUGCUAAGAAUUUCACAGCUCCUGACCAGCUACUGGUGAAACAAAUUUCACGGUAG